AUGCUCCUCAGCCGCACCAAGUCGCCCGCGCCCUCCUUCGCGUCCAUGGCGCCUGAUCUUUCCCCCCUGCGCGAGGCGCCCGAGCUCCCGCCGCUGCGCGGGCCCGUGUCCUUCCCGCGGCCGCUCACGCCUGAGAGCUCGCUCGACAGCCGCGCGAGCUCGCGGGCCCCAUCGCGCUCGGCGUCGCUGUACGAGCGUCAGGGUUCUCUGCACGAGCGCCAGGGGUCGUGGCCCGAGCGCAAGGGCUCGCUCUCGCGGCACACGCGCUCGCGCUCGUCGUCGAUCAUCAGCAUGGGCUCGCGCCCCGUGAACCUGAUGGAGAUGUUCGACAAGGCGCCGUCGCACGCGGUGAUGGAGGACGACGUCGUGCCGGAGGUGGCGGGCAUCGAG